AUGCUUUUGCUGAAUCUUGCUCUCUCAGUAGCAGCUGCGGUUGCUCUUCCAACCCCCGAUAGCUCGGAAGCAAAUCAAUCCCAGCCAUUCUCCCAAAAUGGUCUUGCGCCUUGGAAUGCCGGCGCCGUGAACCGAUUCCCCAUCCAUUCAAGCUGCAAUUCAACCCAACGUCGCCAGAUUGAAUUAGGCUUGAACGAAACCAUCACCCUUGCCGAGCAUGCCAAAAGCCAUAUCCUGAGAUGGAGUAACGAAAGCGAAAUCUACAGGAAGUACUUCGGAGAUCGACCUACCAUGGAAGCCAUCGGGGCCUUCGAUAUCGUGGUCAACGGCGACAAGAAAGAUAUCUUGUUCCGGUGUGAUAACCCGGAUGGUAAUUGUGAUAACGAAGGUUGGGCCGGACACUGGCGUGGUGUGAAUGCCACAGACGAGACCGUCAUUUGCGAUAUGAGCUACGAGACCCGUCGAUCACUGUCGACCAUGUGUGGCCUUGGAUACACUGUUUCCGAAUCCGAAACCAACACUUUCUGGGCAGCCGAUCUCCUGCACCGUCUGUACCAUGUCCCUGCUAUUGGCCAAAACUGGAUAGACCAUUUUGCAGAUGGAUAUGAAGAAGUCGUUGAUCAGGCUAAGAAAAAUGCCACUUUGUCUACGCAUGACUCGGAGACUCUUCAAUACUUUGCACUGGAAGUCUAUGCAUACGACAUAUCUGCUCCAGGGAUUGGGUGCCCAGGUGUUCAACACGAGCAUGAAGAUACGCAUGAUGAGGCGACAACUACUUCAGAGCCAGCCCCGACUGCCACCACUUCUGAGAAGCCCUCGUCUACAUUGGAUGUUCCCGCGGUGAGUAAAUCAAUUGAGUUUUCCAUAGUGGAUUUGUACUAA